UUGCCAUCCUCCCUUCUUCCCAUCGCUCUUCUCCGUCUGUGUCGGUUGUGCCUCAGAUCGGGGAAGUGAGAGUUCUGCCUCAGCCAUGGCUUCGCUUACCGAUCUCGUCAACCUUAACCUCUCCGAGACGACCGAAAAGAUCAUCGCCGAGUACAUAUGGAUUGGAGGAUCGGGUUUGGAUAUAAGAAGCAAGGCUAGGACUCUCCCAGGUCCUGUCAGCGAUCCUUCGAAGCUACCCACCUGGAACUAUGAUGGUUCAAGCACAGGUCAAGCUCCGGGUGACGACAGUGAAGUGAUCGUGUAUCCUCAAGCCAUUUUUAAGGAUCCAUUCAGGAGGGGAAAUAACAUUCUUGUUAUGUGUGACUGUUAUACCCCAGCCGGAGAGCCAAUCCCCACUAACAAAAGGCACAAUGCUGCUAAGAUUUUUAGCCAUCCUGAUGUUGUUGCUGAAGUGCCAUGGUAUGGAAUUGAGCAGGAGUACACCCUCUUGCAAAAGGAUGUCAAAUGGCCUCUUGGGUGGCCUGUUGGUGGUUUUCCUGGUCCUCAGGGCCCAUAUUACUGUUCUGCUGGUGCAGAUAAAGCCUUUGGCCGUGACAUAGUUGAUGCUCACUACAAAGCCUGUCUUUAUGCUGGCAUCAAUAUCAGUGGUAUCAAUGGGGAAGUCAUGCCAGGACAGUGGGAGUUUCAAGUUGGACCUGCUGUUGGUAUUUCAGCUGGUGAUGAACUAUGGGUUGCACGUUACAUUCUUGAGAGAAUCACUGAGAUAGCAGGAGUAGUACUCUCUUUUGACCCAAAGCCGAUCCAGGGAGACUGGAAUGGUGCUGGUGCCCACACAAAUUACAGUACCAAAUCCAUGAGAAACGACGGAGGAUAUGAAGUCAUUAAGAGUGCCAUUGAAAAGCUUGGCAAGAGGCACAAGGAGCACAUUGCCGCAUAUGGAGAAGGAAAUGAGCGCCGCCUUACUGGUCGACAUGAGACUGCUGAUAUUAACACCUUCCUAUGGGGAGUCGCUAAUCGUGGUGCUUCCAUUCGAGUGGGUCGUGAGACGGAGAAAAAUGGCAGAGGUUACUUUGAGGACCGGAGGCCAGCUUCAAACAUGGAUCCAUAUGUUGUCACCUCCAUGAUCGCGGAGACCACCAUAAUCGGGAAACAAUGAACGGUGCAACAGUGCAAACCUGCUCUUCUCCUAGCUGUGGGACUGUCUUGUCAACAAUUUCAUGUUCUUAGUUGAAGUGUAAACUGCACCUGUUUAUUUGGCACUUAUGGUUGUGAUAAUCAGGGCACUCUGUUGGGGAAUCUUAUUGUUCCCUGUCUCUCGAUUCUACAACAUGGUCAAUAAUCUCACAAUAUUGUGAUUCUAUUGUCUUAUCAUCUUAA